AUGUCAAAUCGCAACCUUGGGUUCGACGUCAACCCUGGCGGCACACGACUCGUUAUCGGCCAGCUCGUCUUCUUGUUCUUUGCAUGGAUAGUGUGCAGCAUGCGCGCCUACGUCAAGCUAUUGAUGACAAGGAAUGUGCUAAUUGAUGACUGGCUAAUGCUAGUCGGCUUGCUAGUAUACACUGCGUACGCCAUCAUUGCUGUAUGUGGAGUAGCUAUGGGAGGAACGGGUAAACACACAAGCGAACUGACGCUGGACGGCGUCGCCAUCGCGUUACGAGGAUGGUAUCUCUGCGAGGUUCUAUACGCACCGCUCUCGGGCAUCAUUCGCACCUCCAUUGCAAUUUUUCUACUGCGGUUGGUCGUGAAGCCGUGGCACAUAUGGGUAAUCCGAGUCAACCUGGGCAUCAUAUGGGUAACUUCUUUGGUUUACUUCUUCCUUAUGACUUUUCAAUGUGUGCCGCCCUCCUAUUUCUGGGAAGGACCAUCCCGCCAAGCUGGGUCAGCGGGUACGUGUAUGGAUAACAACGUUGUGCCUAUCGCCACGAUAGUUCACAGUGCCGUUAGUGCCGUAUCGGAUUGGAUGCUAGGCUUGUUGCCGAUAGCGAUGCUUUGGAACGUGAGCAUCAACCGUCGAACCAAAGUCAGCAUUGCCAUUCUCCUGAGUAUGGGACUUGUCGCCGGGUUAGCUCUGAUGGUCCGCAUAGUCUAUGUCAAGAAGAUUGUAAUUUCUGCCGACUUUCUCUACGCGACUAUAGACCUCGCUGUGUGGUCGGUGAUUGAACCAUCGCUAGGGAUCAUGGCAGGAUGUAUUGCAACCAUCAGGCCCCUAUUCAAGCGCGCCGGGUUUGGAUCCACGGGCAGCAGACGAUACGGGUCGGUGGGUCAGAGCUCGCGCUUGAAGCGAUGGUAUAUCACGCGUCAUGUUCGAAAAUCCGAAGCCCACCCCAACCAAGUACUUCCACGCUCGGCCGACUCAGAUGUGGAGCUCCAACCCAACAGAGCUUCUGUGGAAUAUGGUGCAGCGCACUUACAGGGGCUGAGCUGGGAUGUUGAGGGUGGAGGCCAUGAAGCUGCUGAAGUAGCUGAUGGGGUUAACGUCAGGACAACAAUCGAGGUUGCCUCAUCUACGAGGAGCAGAGAAGGACCAUUGGCCAGUGAAGGCUGA